GAAAAGUUUCUCGGAGAACCUGUUUACCUGCGACACAGAGGGUCACACAUGUGGGGGAAAUGAUGGCUAGUGGGGAUGUGCGGAGCGUGCUGGAGGAGUGUGUAAAGGAACUAAAUGCCAACACAACACAACCAGAAAACUUUCUUAGCCUUCAAGAUGGAGUUGCAGCAGACUUUAUCUCUCUCACUAAGACCCUGUAUGACCUCCACAAAGCUCAGGAGCCUGCAGAUUAUAAAGGCAGCCCGCUGGCUCAGCUGGUGGUGGAAAACUUUGAUGAAGAGCAGAUCUGGCAGGAGUUGGAGCUGCAGAACAAUGCUGUACUGAAACACUUUAAAAAUGCCACUGACGAGGUUUUGUCAGAUGAGACAUUAACAUUGUUGGAAGAAGAGGAAGAAAAGAGUAGCGAUGAGGAAGAAGUAGAGACUGAUGAUGACAGUGUAGAUGAGGACGAAGAGGAGGAGAAACCACCCAUACGGUCGAAAAAAAUGGCUGUGCAGGCGGAGGAUUACACAGAUGAGGACUCUGACUUAGAUUUUGAUGUUGAUGCUUUAGAGAAGCGAGAAAAACAGAAGAAAGAUAUUGGAAGGAAGAGCUCCAAAACAAAGAUGGUUCCCUCUGAGGUUGAUGAUAAGUUCUUCAAACUGUCAGAGAUGGAAUCGUUUCUUGAUGAUAUGGACAAGCAAGAGGGAAAGGAGGAUCAGAACGAGGAUGACAUAGACUACUUUCAGGACCUGCCCUCUGAUGAGGAUGACGACCUCGACCUAAAUCAAAUGCUUUCAACCAAAAAGCAAAAGAAAAGCUCUGCAAAAAGCUCCAGGAAUCUCAAGUAUAAGGACUUCUUUGAUGCUGUGGAUAGCGAACCAGCUAAAGCAGAUGACCAGUCAGAUGGUGAGGAUGACAGCAUGGAUGAAAGCCAUGAAAGCCAGGAAGCAGGUGAACAAGAAAUGGAUGACGAAGAUGAUUAUGAUGGUGAAGAGGAGGAUGACGAUGAGGAUGAAGAGAGAAGUCAGUCCAAAGCAUCUCGUAAGAAAGUGACCUUUAACGUCUCUGGGGACGAGGAAAGCGAGGGAGAGGACAUGGAGGAAAUUUUUGGAGGAAAAAGUCCAAGUUCAGCAAAGUCUGAAUCAAAGUCAUCAUUUGAGAAACGGCAAGAGAAGAUGUCAAAGAAGAUCGAGGAGUUGGAGAAAGCGGCUCUUGGGGAGAAGCCCUGGCAGUUGUCUGGAGAGGUGACGGCACAGACUCGUCCAGAGAACAGCAUGCUGGAGGAAGAUGUGGAGUUUGACCAGACAUCCAGGAUGGCUCCUGCUAUCACAGAGGAAACCACGCUGCAGCUGGAAGACAUCAUCAAACAAAGAAUUAAAGAUCAGGCGUUUGAUGAUGUGGUCCGCAAGGAGAAACCCAAAGAGGAGGUGUUUGAGUACAAGAAGAGGCUGACGUUGGACCAUGAGAAGAGCAAACAGAGUCUAGCGGAAAUUUAUGAGCAAGAAUACCUCAAGCAGAAUCAGCAACACACAGAGGAGGAGGAGAACCCAGCCCAUGUAGAAAUUCAAAAACUUAUGGACACGCUAUUCCUAAAGUUGGAUGCUCUCUCCAACUUCCACUUCACGCCUAAACCUCACAUUCCUGAGGUCAAAGUGGUGUCUAACCUGCCAUCCAUUACAAUGGAGGAGGUGGCUCCAGUCAGCGCCAGUGAUGGUACGCUGCUCGCACCAGAAGAAAUCAAGGAGAAGAACAAAGCAGGAGAUAUUCUGGGUGAUGGUGAGAAGACAUCAACAGACAAGAAACGCGAGAGACGCCACAAGAAGAAGGUGAAGCGCCUAAAGAUCAAGGAGAAAGAAAAGAGACAGAAGCUUAGAGAGGCCAGUGUAGCUGGAGAGAACAAGAAGCCAUCAAAGGCUGAAGUCACAGAAAACUUGAAGAAACUAACAAAAGGAGGCAAAGCCACGAUACUUAAGGACGAAGGAAAGGACAAAGCUCUGCGGUCAUCUCAAGCCUUCUUCUCUCAGCUGCAGGACCAGGUCAAAAGUCAGAUCAAAAGUGCAAAGGAUCCAUCUGUAAAGAAGAAGAAACACAAAGAGGUUUCUGCCAGCAAACUAAAGUUAUAAAAACUGUGAUGUUUUGUUGUGGUGGAACAGCUUUUUAUUGUACAGAUUCUUUUUUAUGAGAAAACUGCAAUAUAUUAAAACGUGAAAGUCCCUGUUAAAUGUUUCCAUUUUCAUUGAAAGUAAUUCCAGUGUCCUGAUGUGUUUGUGUGUGUUUGUCAGCAAGUGGAGCAUUUUGAACCGUAGUGAUGUACAUGUAGUAAUAUUAAAUCACAUGAAAAAUA